AUGGUGCCUGUGUUGCUGACGCCGCCUCUUGCACUUAUCGUAUCGCCCAUUAUGGGCAUCGUCUCGCUCGCACUUUCGUCCUCAACCUUUACGCGUCGGUAUUCGGUUUGGAACGCUCUGUCCAUGAUCAGUGUCGGAAUUGCCAUCUUAGCCUGCAUCGCGCAGUCUAGCCGGCUAGUAGCGCCAUGGUUUGCGGGUCCACUACCUUUACUACCAGUGAUUGCUAUGGGUGUAAAAGCUGGCCAAGCUUAUCUUGUAGAGCGCUAUAUUGCGUUUCAAGAAACUCAACGUCGACGUCGCGGCUGGCGUGGCAUCAUGAAGCGUCGCCUUUCAGAUGCCAGCAUACCGACCGAAUCACCCUACUCGGCACCUGAGCUAGGCCGCCUCGCCCCAACGCCCCCAACAAUGGCCGAUCACGGGAUCAACCAGUACAGGGGCGAUAACUGA